AUGUUGAUGACAUCACUACACGCGCUGACGCCGCGCAUGAGAUUCAAUUACUCGAAGGCUAUUAUCGACAAUACAGUCUUCAAAUUGCAUUACAAGUUCACGGUGACGAUGCUCUUGGGUUUCGUGAUCCUGGUCUGCGCCAGGGAGUACUUCGGAGAGCAUAUCAAGUGCCUCUCCGACCAGGGUGUACCACCCCAUGUAAUCCAGACCUAUUGUUUCUUUAUGGCUACCUUUACCAUUGUUCGGCAUUAUAAUGAGAGCCUUCUCGAAGGUGGAUUCUUGCCGCAUCCCGGUGUAGGACCGAUCCUAUCUACUGAUGAAACGAUUCAUCAUACAUACUACCAGUGGGUGCCCUUUGUCCUCUUCAUACAAUCUAUUUGCUUUUAUAUGACGCAUUAUAUUUGGAAGAGGAAAGAAGGCGGCAGGAUCAAGGCUCUAGUGGAAGGCUUGCAGUAUGCUAGCUUAGCGUUACACGACACAGACAUGCAGGCUGGCAGCAUUUCAGUUCCCUCCAAGGCCACUCUUGAGAGCAGAGUGAAUCUCAUUAAGAAGGACAUCAUAUUGAGGCUGCGAGUAACAAGGACCUGGUCGACAUGGCUGAUCUCGUUGGAGGUGGUCAAUCUGCUGCACGUCAUGUUCCAAGUGUGGGUCGUCAACAAGUUCCUGCAUGGGAGCUUCAUGGGGCUGGGACCACAUGUACUGAACCUAAAGGAUUGGCAAAAUAAAACCGAUCCGUUGGAGACUGUGUUUCCUAAGGUAACAAAAUGCAUCUUCCACAAGUAUGGUCCCAGCGGAUCCAUCCAGCAACACGACGCGCUCUGCGUGAUGGCUCUGAACAUUAUCCAUGAGAAGAUCUACGUCAUCUUGUGGUUCUGGUUCCUGAUUCUCUUCAUCGUUUCCUUGCUUGCUGUCAUUUGGAGGUUCGUAUCCUUCUUCAUGUUCCGCCGAUCACUGAAGUUCAACGAAAUGGUCUUCCGUCACGUUUCCAAGAGCAAGUUCAACCCUUACAACGUCAUCAAUGUGGUGAACGGGUGCGAGUUUGGGGACUGGUUGUUUUUGUACUAUCUCGCGAAGAACAUGAAAUCCGCUACGUUCCAGUGA